AGAGAGAGAGUAGGGGAAUCCGUGGUUUAGAGAGAGAAAGGGGUGUGGGGUUCAUGCACUACUUAGCUGGCGUGCUUUGUCAGCGCACGUGUGAUUGUACGCGUGUGCUUGCUGCGCUGUAUAUCCCCUUCUCUUUCGGGGGGUGGCCUUCGAAUUCUCCAUACUUAGGCACCAGCGCUCACUCUAAAAUGGGGCCUCCGGCUACUCCACCACCACCACUGGUAACCCUAACCCUUCAUUCUCUCUCCUCCGCUUUCUCGCUCUUCUUCCUCUCCUCUUUUCCAUAUCCCUAGCUACUGAAUUUCUCGCCGGGAAGUGUUUUUCCGGCGACUGGAUUCUCGGUUUCUAGUUCUUUCCUGGCUUCUUAGACAGUCCUUUUACUGGUUUUUGGGAAUCAUGAGUGCUUUGAAAAUUGAGGGAGUUCCUCCAAAGUUUCCUAUUGGACUUAGAGUUUUGGUUGUGGACGAUGAUUCCACAUGUCUCAAGAUUCUUGACAAGAUGCUUCAGAAAUGUGCCUAUGAAGUAUGGACGUGCUCGCGGGCUUCAGACGCCUUGAAUCUUCUUAGGGAGAGAAAAGGUGGUUUCGAUAUUGUCCUAAGUGAUGUCUACAUGCCUGAUAUGGAUGGAUUUAAGCUCCUUGAGCACAUUGGGUUGGAAAUGGAUCUUCCGGUUAUAAUGAUGUCUGCUGAUGAUAAUCCGACAGUUGUGAUGAAUGGGGUGGUACAUGGGGCUUGUGAUUAUCUCAUUAAGCCUGUGCGCAUGGAAGCUAUAAAGAAUAUAUGGCAGCAUGUGAUAAGAAAGAAGAGAAAUGGAUUGAAGGAACAGUCAGGGAGCGUAGAAGAAAUUGAUAAAAAUAAGAAGGGGUCUGAUGACGUUGAUAAUGCAUCAUCUGUGAACGAUGGUAAUAAUUGGAAGAAUACAAAGAGGAAGAAGGAUUCAAAGGACGAGGAGGAUGAGGGUGAUGAGCGUGAUGAUUCCUCCACUUUGAAGAAACCUAGAGUGGUUUGGACCAUCGAGUUACAUCAACAGUUUGUGACUGCGGUGAAGCAGUUAGGCCUUGAAAAGGCUGUUCCCAAGAAAAUAUUGGAAAUAAUGAAUGUGCCCGGACUCACUAGAGAAAACGUUGCGAGCCACCUACAGAAGUACCGCCUGUACCUUCGUAGGAUUUCUGCUGGAUCACAACAGGGAAACAUCAACCCGUCCAUCCUUGCUUCCUCAGAUCCGAGUUUUGCAGCAAUGGCUUCUCUCGAUAGGUAUGAGUUCCAAGCUAUGGUAACUUCUGGUCGAAUUCCUCAGCAAAAUUUCAUGGCCAUGCAAGCUGCUCUCGGCAGAUCAAACUCAAACACUACUGUUGCCAUGGCCCACGUAGACCCAAGAAAUCUUUUCAAAAUGGAAAUGCAAAAUCCAAAUUCUUCCAAUAUGCUAAGGUAUGGCCAAACUCAACAUCUGAGCAAUAGUCAAGCAAACAUGCUCCAAGGGUUCCCAUCACCCUUGGACUCUAAAAAUAUCAGUCAUUUGCACCAACCAUUUCAACAAUUUGGAAACAUGGAUCUCCAAGCCGACAAUUUGUCGAAGCUGCAGUCUCAUUUGCGACCGAUCUCUUCACCCCAAGGAGAUCCCAGCUUUAAUCCUAGCUCAAGAGCUAUGCAUUCAGAAAACUUCCCUCUAAUGAGGCCGAUGAGCCAGCAACCACCACAACAACUCUCGCUUUCUCUUCAGCAAUAUCAAAUGCAGGCCAACUCGUUACACCAUCAGCAAUCAAAGGGGCAGUUCUUAACUGAAAUGGGGCAUAUGUCGAAGCUUCCGUCUUCUUCCUUCGGGAAGCAAAUGGUCUCGAAUGACUUGAGUGGUCACAUACUGGGAAGAAAUGGAGCUAGUGCCAUUGCAUCAUCCCAAAAUGACUUCUUGGGGGGUUCCAAUUAUGGUGUAUUUGGCCAGACACCAUCUCUUUCUUACCAGGCAAAUCACCAGUUGGACAUUCUGAAUAGUCUGUCUCUGCCUAUUACUGGAGGCUUCGAUGGGCUUGGUUCUAGGGGUUUUGCUCCGAAUUUCAAUUCCUUCAAUGAUGGCAGCUUUGUGCAAAAUGGAGGUGACCAUUUCGGUUUUGGGAGUCAUGGUUUAAGUGUUUGUGACCAGAAAAAUGGUCAGCUUCAAGAUGCUUCCUCUGUUGGAAAGGGAAUAUUUUUUGUGGAAGGCGAAGAAGAACACAGGAGACCUGGAAUCAACAAUAUUCAAGUGCAUAACAACGUUCUUCCUGGCAAUCAACCUAAAGUCAAGGAUGAGAGUUCGGAUGUUGAUAGUGUUCUACUUAACGAGCACUUUGGUCAAGAUUAUCUCUUGAGUGGGAUUUUUAAACAGCAGCCUGAAGACGAUAACAUUUUUAACAUUGAUGGUUGCAACAUGGGUGACGGUUGUCAGUAAUAGAUGUCUGUGAGCACAUGUUGUUGGUGAAGUUAGAUUAGGCUCAUUCUCAGGUGAAGUUAGAUUAAACUCAUUGUAAGUGGGGCAACAAUUCCUGGUACUUCCACCAGUGGAGAACCACAUAGUUGGGGCGUUCUCUCUCUCUCUCUCUCUCUCUCUCUCUCUCUCACCAAGUUUUUGUUUUUCCUAUAACUACUGGAGAGGUGCUGCAAUUGGAUUCGAGAAUCUGGGUUUCAUGGGAGGGACAGCAUGGAUACUGCAUGGAAAUGGUCAUUCCUACAUAUGAGGAGAAGGCUGGUUUCUCACUCCAAAUGAUGCAAGAGAACUCUCUUUCUCUAAUGGUGUACCAUACAUAGCGGCCAAAAAGUUCCUGCAAAUUUUUUUAUUGCAUGUUGCUGAGUCUAACCCAGAUUCAAAAUAGGGAUUAAGAAGUCAUUGAGGUGAAUGGGUAGUUUGGGUUUUACAGAGUUCUUCGGAAUUAGAGGUUGGUUGGUUAACCAUAUUCAUUUAACCACAAUAAUGCCCAGGCUGUUGGCUGAUAGCAUGUACAGAUCUCAUUUUGAAUACAAGAAAUGUGGAUCCUAUGUUGCUUCAUGAAUACAAGAAAUGGAAAUCUUUGUUGCUUCA